AAGGAAAAUGUAUAACAAAAGAAAGCCUCCAAACCGGAGGUUAACGAUUGUGGAGAGCAGUAGUAUAAGCAAGAAGACAAAACCAGAUGUUCAAGAAAAAAAGAAUGUUAGCGGGUCAAAGGACAAGGCUGUGAUAGAGCCGAAGAAGCCUGUGAUAGCGGAGCCAAAAGACAAGAAGACUGUGACAACUGUGACAGAUACAAAGGACAAGAGGAUUAUAACAGACACAAAAGAAAAGAAGAUCCUGACCAUCCUGAAAGAUCCCAAAGACAGGAAGUCGACAGGGACAAAACAGAAGAAAACUGUGACAUUUGCGCCAGAUGUAAAAGACAAGAGUGUAACCGACACAGAAGAAAACAAGAUUGUGAUAGAACUGAAAGAAAAAAUCAUUAUGCCAAUAUCAACAGAGAAAAAAGAAACGGUUAUGAGAGACAUAAAGAAGGAGAUUCUGCCAGCUGUGAUGGAAAUCAAAGACAAGGUCCCAGUGCCAGAGGUGAAAGAAACGAAAGGUGUGCCAGCUUUGCCAGAGAUAAAAGACAAGGCUGUGGUAAUUGUGCCAUAUAUAAAAGAAACGCAGCCUCUGAUCCAGGUAAAGGAGAAGGUGCCUGUGCCAGAGGUGGAGAAGAAGCCCGUGGUAGAACUGAAAGAGAAGCCCGUGGUAGAACUGAAAGAGAAGCCCGUGGUAGAACUGAAAGAGAAGCCCGAGCCCGUGGUAGAACUGAAAGAGAAGCCCAAGCCCGUGGUAGAACUGAAAGAGAAGCCCAUGGUAGAGAAAAGAGAAGACGACGAGACAAGCAGUUUAGCUCGGACUAUAGUUGACAAUGCCAUAGCUUCUGCUGUUUGGUUUGUGGAAGGUAGUGGUCCUGCUGGUUUGCCUAAAGAAUUAAUAGUCUCAUUAUUGCAACACCACACUCCCAGACAAGUUAACAAAUUCAUGCUGUUUACAGAUGCUAGAAACCCUGUCAAGAACAUCAAAUGGCUCAGUCAUGGUGAAUUCACAGCAGAAAAGGGUCGUAUACAAAUUGAGUAUUUUGUUUCGACUUGGGAGUUUCAAAACCGCUGGGCAUACUACGUAGAUUUUAUAGAGAGGAAAGAUUUAAUUCACUCCUUCUACUUUAUCUACCAUGUGUGCUGGAGUGCCUCCACUGCUGUGAGACCCAUGGCACGAGUCAGUGCUAAUGCCUACUUCACCAUCAAGUUCAACAAAAAAAGCCCUCCGGAUCUGCCUGUUGAUGUCUCCUAUAUCUUUGAGAAUUCAGAAUUACUUCUAAGGUAAUAAAUACUUGGAGACUUAUUUUAAAGGGGUGAGGGUGAAGGUUGGUAUACACCAGGAAUCCAGCAGGCCCAAAGAUGCAGAUAAUUCAUGUAGUUCUCACUUCAUCUUUGGACCACUCCUCCCACAGUCAGUAUGGGCUGAAAGCAGGGUUCUGCCCCUGUUUUAGAAAAUUGUUCUUAACUUCUUAAUGUAUGUUUUUUUCACCAAUCAGAAACUUGUGGAUUAGUUGAUAGAACAGAGUGGGGCAAAGUGGGUCAUGUCUGUUCUUUCUACAUGAACUUUCAAAGUCUUUUUUUGGUGUUAGAAAUCAAGCUCAGGGCCUUUCACAUGCUAGGCAGGUGCUCUACCACUGAGCUACAGCCCCAGCCCUCUACAGAAAACUUCAUACUGAAUUAACUUAUGUAUAAUAACCCCUUUCUGAAUUAACUUAUGUAUAAUAACCCCAUUCUAAGCAUGCUUGGUGGUGCAUGCUUAGAAUCUCAAUGUAUGGUAGGCUGAGGCAGGAAGAGUGAUGUGAGUUCUGGGCUAGACUGGGCUACAGAGAUCAUGUUUCAGUGCCUUCACCAAAAUCACAUUGAAUUAAUUCACAUAUAACAAUCUUUUUUUUUUAAAUAAAAAAGUCUCUAAACUUUUUAUAUGGGCCUAAAGAAUUGUAAAGAAUGUGUGUGUGUGUGUGUGUGUGUGUGUGUGUAUGAAGUGAUGAAGAACUCCCAAUUAUGGACUCCCAAUUCAGAAGGGAAAUGCAUAUCUGCAUCAUCACUUUUCCCCUAGCUACUACUUGCUCACUGGUAAAGUAACAAAGAGGGAAUUCUGUUAUGGCUCAGUGUUUUGACUAUAAAAUAUUUUUGUGGUUUUUUUUUUCCCUUCUAUAGACCAGGAAAGAUUCGCUUUCGAGAACAAUGGCUGAGGGACAUUACUGAGACCAAACACAUUCUGUUGGAGUCCCUUCCUUUUAAAGUUGUCUGAUUUUUUGUUAUGUUUUAGAACUCUUUAUAAUCAGAAUACAUUAAAAAUAUGAUACAAUGCAUCAAACCACAGAAUAUUUAUUGAAUA